CUUUGGGUAUUUAAUAGAUCUGGACUAUAUAACUUCGAGAAGUUUAAUAUUUAUAAAAAGCCAGAGCGAUUUAUUAAAGUUCUUACUAGCUAUAUAAUAAUAUCUAAUAUAGAAUUGGGUUUAAAUAUAUUUAUUAAGUAUAAUAGUAAUAAUAAGUAUAUUAUU